UGACCACAGUCCGUUUGAGGGAGUCGACCGAAUCGCACACACGUUCUCUCUGCUCGACAAGUCGAUUAAAUUUUCAGAAAUAAUCGGUAAAAUGUCGUGUGCCUUAUCAACGUUUCUAGUCUUUAUUGGCUUCUAUGCCCUGGCCUCUUAUCUCUACGAGCAGCUAAGAACGCCGUACAAAUUGCUAAAACUCAGGUAUUUCAGCGAUACAAGACCCACUCUUAAGGAGCGUUAUGGAAAUUGGGCUGCUGUCACGGGAGCCAGCGAUGGAAUCGGCAAGGAAUAUGCCAAGGAACUGGCCAGACAGAACAUCAAUGUGGUCCUGAUCGCCAGAAGUGAGGAGAAACUCCAGGCGGUGGCCAAGGAAAUUGCAGAAGGAGGUUCUGGUGUGGAGACAAAAAUAGUGAUUGCUGAUUUUACCAAGGGCUCGCAGGUCUAUGAGCAUAUAGAAAAGGAAACAGCCAAUGUACCCAUUUCUAUACUUGUAAACAACGUUGGUUCCGGCACCCCGUCAUCCAUUCUCAAAUGGAGCCAGGAGGCGACCCAGAAUAUAAUCGACACCAAUGUGGUGGCUGUUUCCCAGUUGUCCAGGAUCUUCUUCCAACGCAUGAAGGCCGCCAAGAUCCGGGGGGCCAUUGUGAAUGUUAGUUCCGGAACGGAACUGCAGCCCCUGCCCUAUGGAGCCUACUAUGCCGCCUCGAAGGCGUACACCCGCAGUUUAACUUUGGCCCUGUAUCACGAGGCCAAGCCAUUCGGAAUCCAUGUGCAGCUGCUGUCCCCCAACUUUGUGGUGACCAAGAUCAAUUCUUACUCUAGGCAGAUCAUGAAGGGAGGUCUGUUCAUCCCAUCGGCAUCGACUUACGCCAAGAGUGCGGUGGAUCAGCUGCGAGAUGGAGUGGACGAAACUCCCGGUUACCUGUGGCACCAUGUCCAAAAUGCCGUGGCCACCGCAUUCACCUGGCGAGCUCGUACUUAUGCCGCCUUUAAAGUUUUCCGCAAAAUAUCGGAUAAGCCUAAAAAGCAGUAACAUUAUAAAAAAUUGUAAAUACAACUUAAAGAGACAAAAAUGCUUUUUUUUUAACGGUCCAAUUCGUAUUUAAAGUGUUCUAUUUCUAAAAUUGUAUUUUUUCAAUAUGAAAUAGCACACUUUUUAGCGGGGUUGCAUUUGGUUCGUGCCUUUACUAAAAGCAGUUCCAUAUUUUAAAAGCUUUUUAUGUGUUCAUUUUAGUUGUACUGAUAAUAAUUUAAAAUAAUAUGUGGUUAAUGCUUCACAAAUAAAAUGUUAUUAUAAUUA